GAGAGAUACAGCAGGAUCUCAGUAGGAUCAACCCAACUCCGGAGAACUGUUCACUACAGACUGCAAAGACAGUAACCAACAGAAAUGGCAGACGUUGCAACUGCCGCUGAAAAGAAGGCCCCCCCUAAAUUCAAGCAGAGGACUACCCGUACCUUCAAGAGCAAGGCCCCCAAGCCUGGCCAGAAGGGAUUCGGUGACGACAUCCCCGGCAUGGAGGGUCUCGGCACAGACAUCACAGUGGUCUGCCCAUGGGAAGCUUUCGGCGACAUGGAACUCAGUGACCUGGCGAAAUAUGGAAUUGUUUAGACGCCCUACCCCUCCUUCCCUCCCCUCGACCACCCCCUCCACUUCUCUUUCCUUCCCUCUCCUCCUUUCUGGACCCUGAGGUCAGGGAGUCCAGUACUUUGAACUGAUUCUUGUUGUUUUGUUAUGCCAUCUUGUACAAGGCGCUUCCACUUUGACAUCAGCUCGGUGUUUAAGUGCCGGGCGUACUCGGGUGCACUACCGACCCUGAGAGCCGGGCGUACUCGGGUGCACUACCGACCCUGAGAGCCGGGCGUACUCGGGUGCACUAUCGACCCUGAAAGAAAUGGUGAUGUCACACAAACACACAGUGAUACUUGGGAAAUAUGCACAUACCAGCUUUAAACUGAAGACACAUACGACCAAACCUCAUCCUGCCACUGUCCUCCUGUAGAAAUCUCACGUAAACGACCAAAACCUCAUCCUGCCACUGUCCUCCUGUAGAAAUCUCACGUAAACGACCAGCUAAGCAAUGUCCUAACAACUGAAGUCAAAUGGCACUCAAGUUAUAUGAAUAAGACAUGUAAUGUAUAAUAGUGAUGUGCAUUCGCUUUCUGUGGUCUGGUAGGUAAAUAAAUGGUCAUGUCAAUGAAGCUUACUUCGACACUACUACUACAGUUUCACUGGUGCACUUCCUGAGAGAGAAGCUGGACUACAUUUACAAUGUUAUUAAAGAGGGUUUGAUUAAGCGUUGUUCAUAUCUCAACCAUAGUUGGUUUCCUCCCGCCUGACUAUUUUCUCAACCUGCACCCGCUCUCCUUGAAAGCACGUUUUAUAUACAGAAAUAUAUAUUUAUGUACAAAAUAAAAAUCAAUCCAUCUUUUUUUACAGUGAAUUUCAA